CGGCGCGGCGCCUGAAAGUGGUCGGCUUCCGGUCCUCUUCGGAGGGCGGCCGGUGGUGGGGUUCGCUUCACGGAGGCCCGUCCUCGAGGAAAGCAAAGCGGCGACCGGCUGAGGCAGCGCUGGGUUUACUGGGGAGACAAAGACCAGGUAGAGCCCCAGACCCUCACAGCGAAAUGUCUACACCACCUCUAGCUGGAGUAGGAAUGCCUCCUGGCCCGUUUUCCGGUCCCCAGUCUCAAGCUGCGCGGGAAGUCAACACUGCUUCUCUGUGUCGCAUUGGUCAAGAGACUGUGCAGGAUAUUGUAUUUCGUACCAUGGAAAUCUUCCAGCUAUUAAGAAAUAUGCAGCUCCCAAAUGGCGUUACCUAUCAUACGAGUACAUAUCAAGACAGGUUAGGAAAGCUACAAGAACAUCUGCGUCAGCUGUCAAUUCUUUUUCGGAAACUGAGAUUAGUAUAUGACAAAUGCAAUGAAAACUGUGCAGGGCUUGACCCUGUUCCAAUAGAGCAACUUAUUCCUUAUGUUGAAGAGGACAGCUUUAAACAUGAUGAUCGAGGAGCAGCCAGCCAGCUUCUCUUUGCUAGUGAAGAGAGAAGAGAAAUCAUGGAAGUGAACAAGAAACUGAAACAGAAGAAUCAACAGCUGAAGCAAAUCAUGGAUCAAUUACGGAAUCUCAUUUGGGACAUAAAUGCCAUGUUGGCAAUGAGAAACUGAAAUAUGCUUUCUCUCUUUCUCAUUACGGCAGUUGAGUUUAUUUGUUAAGAGGAAAAAAAUAACUUGUUAGAAUGCAUCCUUUUUUAUGCCCUGCCACUUGUGUACAGCUAUGUUUGUAUAAAAACGAGUGUUCAGAUUCUUGAAAUUUGGUCAAUUAUGAUUAUGAAUAUGGCAAGUUUGGCAAGUUUUAUAUAAUAAAAGAAUUCAGUACAGUUUUAAGCUUUGUUUUUCAAACUAGGACGGGCAACUUGUACUGAUCUUCUGACAACAUUUAUCUUAAAUCAUCUCCCCAACACCAUACUAAAGGACUUCUAUUUAGAAAGAAAAAAAAUCUAUGCAAGUAGUCUAGACAGAGAACAGGAAAUAUCUGUGCCGUCUUGAUGCUGGUUAAGGCAAAUAAAGAAACAGACACCAAAAACAUACUGAUCACAAUGCUCAUGCUCUUAAUCUACUUGUGAUUCUGUGGUCCCAAAAUCAGAAGCUGAUUUGGAAAAAGAGAAGCAUCUUCUCUUGCUCUGUGUUUUUGCACUUCAAAGGGAACCUGCUCCAGUGAGCUACUCUACCUACAUCAGGAUGUUCCUGUAACUUCUAUUCUCAGAGCUCACUACUGGAGUUAAUAAUAUGUCGCUCUGAAAGUCAUUUUCUAUAUCUGUAUUCCUCUUCAUUGGGUUGCCACAGUUUAUAUGUACUUGUAUAUAAACCUCUUGUUAACUGUUUCACUUCAUGCACCAAGUGGGUUAUAAUCCACAAAAGCUAAAACUGAAAUAAAUUUGUUAGUUUUCAAGGUACGUACCACAA